AUGUCGAGCCAAAAUGAUAGAGAGACAGGAGCAAUAGCAUCACGUAGGACUGAUGGGAAAGCCACCUUAAAAGAUCUUGGACGCAAGGCAAGAGCCAGGCUGGACGAGGAGAAAGGGAAACGACACGAAAUUGUACGGCUGGAGCCGUCUUUGGCCAACCCAGAAGCGAAGAGGAAGAGGAACAGCAGUAUUGGUUUAAUUCGUCCAAAGAAAAAGCAAUCAAAACCAACCACAAAGAAAAGAAGGAUAUCUGGCGCUGCAUCAUCGACGAAAGGAAGUGGCAGCAGCACUGCAAACAGGAGUGACAAAAGCAAGAACGUGGAUCUGAGGAUUCCUGAUGUGAGUGGGAUUCUAUUGGAGAAUCAAGAGAAGGACCUCUUAUCUAAUGUUGUCCGAGUCCAUGGCAUCCCACUGGAUGCGACACGAAGCGAUGUUCUUCGUUUCUUUUCUGGAUUGGACGCGGAGCACGUCUUUUUAUUGCCUCACAACAGCUCUAAGAUUGUUUCAUUAGAUGCUGAUGAUUGCCCCUCUUCCAAAGCAAGGAAGGAAGUUAUAGAACGGCAUCCAGGUACUUUUCGUGCCUUCGUCAAGUUUGCAUCUGCUCCAACAGCCGCUUUGGCAGCUCAGCGCUCAGGAGAGACCCUUUAUUUGGGCAACAAGACUUCAAACAGUGACGGUGACGGCCACACCUGCAAUCGAAAGGGUGCGCAAAUUGCAGUGACCCAAGUACCCAAAGCUGUCACCAGAUACAUCCAAAGAAACAUGUCAAUCGAAUGUCGAACCAACUUACCUCUCGAUGAAGAGCUCUUUGCUUGUGAAGCCAAACUCAAUGACCUCGUGCCUCAAAUCCUAUGGUCAGCUGCUAGACAGGAUCUAAAGCUUCAGGAGAUAUCUCCUGCUGACGAGGACGACAGGCUUGAUUAUCAUCCCAUUGAUGACAGCCAAGGCCUUCUGCUCCAAGAUCCUUCAACGGAACAUGGCUACACUGCUCUGGUGGAUUUGCACAAUGCAAUGCUCAAGGACUACGAAUCUCUCACAACAGGCACACCAUUUCCAUCAGUUGCACUGUGCAAUUCUUCAGAGCUCCUUCGAGAUCCAUCUAUCAAGUUGACAAAUACGGCAGCAAAGCAUCUGAAGGAGAGAAUCCAGCAUAUUGACGACUACCUCCACAUGGCGCGCAACCUGCUUAACAGACGCCGUAACGGAGCUCCGCCCAGCAUUUUUGACAGUCUUGUUCCAAGAAAGGCAAGCUUUAAAGGAGUGACCCAAACCUUGGGUGGAUCGGGCAGCUGA